AUGAAGAAAAAAGCACCCAAGCUCAGCAAAAAGGCACUCAGCGUUCUAGGCCAAGGCGAAAAUGACAGAGUUUCCAAGCGGUCAGAGUCAACUGAAGACUUCAUGGAAGAUGGAGCCAUCGAAGAAGAGUCAGGAGACCGCUGGCUCGGUUCAGACUUGGCGAAGGCAUUGAGGUUUUAUCAAAAAGCUUAUGUGAGCUACAAGACUGCCGUAUCGAUCCCAACUUCAGAUAAAGCGCUUUUGCUAGAUGCCUACUACAACGCAGCUCGGUUGCUCUUCCAUGUAUUCAUCCAGUAUGGAAAGACGGACGGGGUCAAUGUGCAUAGGUUGACAAAUGUUGGAGAGGUGCUUACUGGUGACAGUAACAGUGUUGUCCAGAAUAUCUUCAGUAUUGUGGAAGUGCAUGAGAGUGCACUUCAAGUGGACCUCACCAAUCCUCCAUUGGACCUACAAUUCAAUGCUGCAUUGGUCUACACUGAGGCGAUAGAGGAAGCUGAGACCCUCAGUGAAGAUCUCGUCUACAAGGCAAUGGCGCUUUUCCAGGAGGUUUUGCGCAGACAGGUUCUGGAGUUCCAAGACUUCCUCAAAUUCAUGCUAGAGCCUGAAACUCCACAAACUCAGGGUCUGGACGUUCCUCUGGAAGAUCAAAAGUACUCGAGCAGCAAGACUAUACAACCUCCUGAUAUUCUUGAUACAGUGGUUUCAGCUUACGGUCUAGUGCAAACCAUACUAGAGAGUGUUACUUCAUCUGCUGGCAGUCUCGAAGAGGCUGUUUCGCUAGUGGGGCCUUUUGUCCAAACCAUGGAAGAGGUUGCUACUGAAAUUGUUCUGAAAUACUCUGAACAGAACAACGAGCAGAGCGAUAUAGUGGCUUCCAUCGAAUCGGACCAACUCAACGAGUACUUCAUAUCCAAGGCAACUUGCCAGGCACUAUCGACCGAUUCCAUAGAGCAAAUUGCUGCUUCCUUUGAUGGUGACCUCCCCGACGUGCCAGAGCGCUAUAUGCUGGCAGCUGACGCAAUCGAUACAAUCUUAGAUCGCCACGACGCUCACCUGAAUCCUCAGGCUAUAGAUGCAGAAACAUACUGGCAGGCUUUGACCAAAAUGAACGUCUACUUCAAGAAGGCGCAGGAGCUUCUAAGUGCCAGAAACCAGGAGAUUAAAACUAAGAAUCUCACAAACACAGAACUUGGCUUGGGAGCCCUCAUUGCCCAAAUUUGCAAAGUCUACAUUGCCAGGUCCGACAUCGACUUGCAGCGGAGCCAACUUAGCCUUGAAGUAGCGCAGAAAAGCUCAAGUGUGCUCCUAAACAACGCAAAGGCAUUUUUGAAGAGUUCCAUGAACAUGAGUAAAUCUUCAGGAGGACUUCGAGAGAAAGCCGUCGAAAAAGCACAAAGAGACCGCAGGCGUUAUGAAGCAGUCUCCAGACUUUGCGUGCUUGAAGGGAAACUCGACACCGAUGAACUCAACAGAAUCAUGGGCGAAGGCAUGUGGGAGGAGGAUAUCGCCACCUACAAAGAGUUCUGGUACUUCCAGAAGUUCUUCCAAUAA